AUGUUCGACUUUGAAUUUGUGGCUCCAGGGGAGGAGAAUACUGUCUUGGCUGGUGGGCACCCAGGCGCGUUUGGCGGCUGGCUGUCACCCGUUGUCUGGGUUAGCAGGUUGGCGUGGUCUGCGUCCGAGCAGCAUGGCGGACUGCUACAAGCAGCAACAGAGGGGUCCGCUGCCCCCCGAUCGAUGGUAGCAGAGAGCUGGAAAGUUGCGUGUACCAGUAUGAACUUGAACUCCAUAUGGAUGAAUCAUUCUGCGCCCAGCAGUGGCGGUAACAUCUUUGCCGGCGUGGCGGAUGGGCGGAAGAAGAAGCUUUGCAUGCACAGCCUCGGGAUGAAUCUUAGCCCUAUCGGAGAUAAUGCCAAAUCAAGAACUUUGCAGAGUCUGAUUGCAUUUUCCAUGGCCGUUGAGGCGUGGGGCAGCUCGCAGGGUUGCCCCAAGGCCAGUCUUGAGGCCGUCCAGACAGCAGCGCAUGCAAACUGA